AUGCACACGACGUUCGUGAAUCCCACAGAGCCAGAGCGGAGCAGACGAAGGAACAGCUUCCACCCAGACACCCUACAUAUGUCCCGUAUCUGGGGAUACUAUUGCAAUUGCUAUGGGACACCACCGGAUUUCUCCACCGUGCCACGUGAGUUUAGCCCUUCUUUUGACUUCAAUCUGAGUACUGAUUAUCAUAGAUCCCAUAAUGGGCGGCUGACCUCGUCGAGAAUUGGUGUUGCUCCGCACUGCGAUGUAUAUCUUUUCCAAGAUCGUGAUACAGUCAAAGAAGUCUGGAAGAAAUCAGCGUCAAUGUGUGCUGGCAAGGUUCACGUGUUUGCAUGCAAAUACAUGUUCGGAAUGAAACAAAAGACCCUGUCUCUAUACGCUGCGGAUAACUCGGGGCCUUUUCCUAAGCCUUAUCCCGGAAGUCACGUUUUACCCGAGAACCGCAUGCACCGUAUACUCAGCAAUGGGAUAGACAAGGCUUUGACAGGAUCUGGAUUUGAUCCCAAGCUUCAAAGAUUCAAGAAGAUUCUCGUGUCCCAGGUACAGCAGCAGCUCUCUUCGACAGACGAGGGCAGUAUCAAGAUCGACGACUUUCACAAGUUUAUGCACCACACUGUAGGAUUGGCCAUCAUUACGACCAUCUUUGGACCGAACCUAACCCGCCUUAACCCAACCUUCAUGGACGAUCUUUUCGAGUUCGAGCACUGGUUCCCAUGGCUUGCCAAGGGCGUCCCAAAGUUCAUCAUUCCAAAAGCUUAUGCAGUCCGGCGGCGCCUUCAUUCGCACUUUAAGCGGUGGUAUGCAUACGCAAGAGAGCACUACACUGAGUCUAGCAUUGGCCCUGAUGGUGAUGAGGAUCCCUUUUGGGGCUCGGAGUGGAUGAGACAGCGUCAAGAGGCGCUUCACAAGAUUGGGGACGAAGACAGCUUGGCAGCUGGUGACCUUGGGGUCGCCUGGGCGUCAUUAUCCAAUAUCGUCGCGGCAUCGGCGCUGAUGGUGGUUCACGUCAGCCAAGAUGCGACACUUACGGAUCGCGUCAGAGCAGAUGUUACAUCAAGGGUCACACAGGGACCUCUUAUCGAUGCCAAUCUGAAAGAUCUAUCCAAAAGCCCACUUCUUUCUUCAAUUUAUGCAGAAACCCUCCGGCUCUAUGUCCAGACAUUGACAAUUGUCAGCUCACCAUUGGAGAAUGUUUCCCUUGGGAAAUAUUGGCUUCCUAAGGGAGCCCUUGGCCUCGUCAACUCCGACAUGGCACAUAGGGACAAUGAGUUUUGGAACACCAAAGAUGGCUUGCAUCCACUCGACUCGUUCUGGGCUGAGAGGUUCAUCGUUGAUCCAGCUGAUCCGUCCAGCGGGCCAAGCAGACUGGUGCCCCGAGAGUCUCAAUAUGAGCAGCAGGAAGACGGAAAGCCAUACUUUUCGUUGAAAGGUUUGGAGGGCUCAUGGAUUCCAUACGGAGUAGAGAGUUCGACAUUGAAGUUCUCACCACGGAACUUGACUCUGGUACGCGCAACUAUGGUUUUGGUAUCUCUAUGCCAAAACAGCCAAUUGUAG